AUGGCUACAGAAUAUGAUAAUGAAAAUGGUCGCUACGACGACGAGCCUCGUUUUGCCCGUGACCGCAGCGCGUCGCCUCGUGAUGAGCCACGCGGUGAUCGCACUCGUAGCCGCUCCCCUAAUGGCCGUUCUGAUGAUCGACCUCCUAUGGACACCCGUAAGGCCGCUCCUGAUGACGAUGAAGAAGGGGCAUUGAACACUGGCUCCAAUCUUUUCGUCACUGGUAUCCACCCUCGUCUCACCGAGUCGGAUAUCUCGCGUCUUUUUGAGAAGUACGGCGAUGUUGAAAACUGCUCGAUCAUGGUCGACCCUCACACCAAGGAAUCUCGCGGCUUUGGCUUCGUCAAGAUGGUGACGGCCGAGCAGGCGGAUGCUGCCAAGGAAGGCCUGCAGGGCGAGGUCAUCGAAGGCCGCACCCUGAGCAUUGAGAAGGCCCGUCGUAGCCGUCCUCGCACCCCUACCCCUGGCAAAUACUUUGGUCCUCCCAAGCGUGACUUCCGUGGCGGAGGACAUGGUGGUGGUCGCGGCCGUGGCGAUCGCUUUGAUGACCGACGCGGCGGAUAUGGAGGUAGCUGGCGCCGUAAUGACGACUACCGCUAUGGUCGCUAUGACUCGUACAGUGAUCGUCGGGAUUACGGCGGUCGUGAUUACCGUGACUAUGGCCGCCGCGAAUACCGUGAAGAAUACAGUGGUGGUGGUGGUGGUGGCGGUAGCUACCGUGGUGGCAUCGACCGCUAUGCCUCUGGCGGCCGUGAAGACCGGUACAGCCGUGAAGAUCGCCGUGAAGACCGUCGUGAAGAACGCCGUGGCGGUGGCGGCGGUGGUAGCAGCGGCGGCGGCUAUUACGAUCGCGAUGCUAACCCUCCUAGCUACGGCGGCCAUGGACCUUCCUCCCGUGAGGCAUAUGGCGGUCGCUCUUACGAACCCCGUGAUGACCGAUACAGCUCCCGGUAG